AUGCCUCAGAAAAAUUGCUUCGCUUAGUGAAGCUUCUACCAAAGCCAAAAAUGGAGUUGUUCUUUCUCAUUGCCUUAACCAUUUUCAUUAUCCUCGUCUCUCUCCCAAUUCUUGCUCUCUUGUACAGGCCAAGUUUCACUAACCUCCCACCAGGAAAGUUUGGCUUGCCAUACAUUGGAGAGAGCCUGGAAUUCCUCUCCACAGGCAGGAAAGGUCAGCCUGAGAAAUUUAUAGCAGAUAGAAUGGCCAAAUACUCUCCUCAAAUAUUCAGGACUUCAAUUCUUGGCGAGGAAACUGCGGUUGUUUGUGGUGCUCAAGGUAACAAGUUUUUGUUCUCUAACGAGAACAAGCUAGUCACUGCUUGGUGGCCUAAGUCAAUCCUGAAACUCUUCCCUUCCUCUACACAAAGUUCUGUCCUAGCAGAAGGUAUGAGGAUGAGAAAGAUGUUACCUAACUUUCUCAAACCUGAGGCCUUGCAAAGAUAUAUAGGUGUAAUGGAUUCUAUGGCACAGAAACACUUUGAGGACUGCUGGGAAGGCAAGCAACAAGUGACUGUCUAUCCACUUGCAAAAUUUUAUACUUUCACAGUUGCUUGUAAAGUGUUCCUGAGCAUGGAUGACCCAAAACAGGUCAAAAAGUUUGCUGCUCCUUUCAAUGAUAUGGCCUCAGGAAUUAUUUCCAUUCCCAUUGAUUUGCCCGGAACAGCUUUCCAUCGUGGAAUCAAGGCCUCCAAGAUUAUCAGGAACGAGAUGUUGGCUAUGAUUAAGCAGAGAAGGAAGGACCUGGCUGAGAAUAAGGCUUCUCCAAUGCAAGAUAUAUUGUCACAUAUGUUGGUAGCAACUGAUGAAGAUGGCCAGCGCUUGGGGGAUGUUGGAAUAGCUGAUAAGAUAAUUGCUUUGCUCAUUGGUGGCCAUGACACAGCAAGUGCUACCAUCACUUUUGUUGUCAAGUUUCUUUCUGAGCUCCCUGAAAUCUACAAUAAUGUUCUGAAAGAGCAACUGGAGAUUUUAAAAUCAAAAGAACCAGGGGAUUCAUUGAACUGGGACGACAUUCAGAAGAUGAAAUACUCAUGGAAUGUGGCCUGUGAAGUGAUGAGAUUAGCCCCACCUCUACAGGGUUCCUUCAGGGAAGCUUUACAUGACUUCAACUAUGCUGGUUUCUCUAUUCCCAAGGGUUGGAAAUUAUAUUGGAGUUCACAUUCAACACACAAGAGUCCUGAAUACUUUCCACAGCCCGAAAAGUUCGAUCCUUCAAGAUUCGAAGGAUCAGGGCCAGCACCUUACACAUUCGUUCCAUUUGGAGGAGGGCCAAGGAUGUGUCCUGGAAAAGAGUAUGCAAGAUUGGAGAUACUAGUUUUCAUACACAAUAUAGUGAAGAGGUUCCAGUGGGAGAAGGUGAUUCCUGAUGAGAAAAUUGUUGUAGACCCCAUGCCAAUACCAGCAAAAGGGCUUCCAGUUCACCUCUAUCCUCAAAAGCAUGAUUAAUUUGUCACAUAGUUAAUUACGUCCGCAAACAAUAUGUGCAAAAUGAUCCUAAUAAAUCUUGGCUUGAACCUCUAGCCAUAUAGUUAAUUACUUGCAUGCAUGUUCUCCUUCCCUUUUAAUGCAUUCCAUUGUAUAAACGAGUGAAAGUUAAUAUGUUUCUAAGAACACGUUGAAAAGAGCAUCCUACAGUUUUUUUUU